GCGUAGCGUGUGGUUGGAGGCGCCAAGGUGGUAUAGAUAGAAUAGAUAUAAGCAAAUAAAAUCGGGGAUUUAAUUAUUUAUUCAGCCUCUGACCCCGAGCACAGAGCACCUAACGCCUGACGUCACACAGGCCUGUGAGGGUCACCAUGUUAAGUGUGGGGGGCUUGUCGAGGAUCUUCAGCCUUCCCAUACGAGGAUUCUGCUCAGCUGUGAUCUACAGGAAGUCACUUCCACCUGUCAUCACCUCCUCUCCUGGCAACUACCUCCAUAGAUCAGGAGGGGGGGCACACGUGUCAGGUGUGCGGUUCCUGUCAGGUGGCAGCAGCGAUGCUGCAGGUGGGUGGUACAGCAGCCUGGCGAACUCGACCCCAGUUCACCUGUGUGAACAGCUCCUGGUGAGCGUACAGGAGGCGAGCGGGUUGCCGUGGUGGUUUAGCAUCUGUGUAGCGACGCUGUCAGUGAGGACACUCGUCACUCUGCCGCUCGCUGCCUACCAGCUGGUCGUCAUCUCUAAGGUGGAGGCACUACAGGCUGAAAUCUCUGAGCUGGCCAAGAGACUACGCUAUGAAGUGUCAGUCAGAGCAGGAGAGAGAAGCUGGACGGAGAGAGAAAGCCGGUUCCAGUUCAAGAAGAACCUGCGGCGGAUCGUCUCUCAGCUCUACGUCAGAGAUAACUGUCACCCCUUCAAAGCCAGUCUGCUGGUCUGGGUUCAGCUGCCACUCUGGAUCAGUCUGUCUCUGGCCCUCCGAAAUCUGAGCCUGGAUCAGUCUGACCUACAGGGGGCGCUGGCAGCAGGAGGUGCUCUGUGGUUCCCUGACCUCACCAUACCGGACUCCACCUGGAUCCUACCUGUCUGUCUGGGACUCACCAACCUGCUCAUCGUAGAGGUUUUUUCUCUGCAGAGAGUCGCAGCGUCUCGAACCCAGCAGCUGGUCUUGAACACCGUUAGAGGAUUUUCUCUGCUGAUGAUCCCAAUCGCCGCCACGGUGCCCUCUUCUGUGAAAUGUCGGUACUGCCACCCACGAGCUUUACACUGGUGAGCUCGUUCUCCCGACAUUUGUGAGUGAAGCAGCAUUUGCCUCGUUUCCUGUUCAUAAACACAGCUCUGACUGAGGAAUGUUUCAUGUUCAGAUCUGCCAAGUCAACAAAUGUUUGAACGUGUUAAGUCGCUCCCGCAUUCCUGUCAGGUCAUCAGAUUAAAGUGUCUGUUCAGGGUUUUAUUUUGAAAGAACGUUCCUGUGUAUUAAUCAGAUUAAGGUGUUUUAUUCUGAAAGUGUCUCACUGUGUCUCUCCUCACAGUCCAUGGCUCUGUACUGGUUUGCUUCCAGUCUGGUGGGAUUCAGUCACAACCUCCUCCUUCGCUCUCCUUCAAUCCGCCGACUCUUGCAACUGUCGACUCCUCACUCGACAUCUCCAUACAGAGACUUGCUGACC